AAAAAAAUAAUAAUAAAAUUCAUCCCUUUCUGCGCCCGUACAGUUGGACCUAUACGUAUAUGUACUCGAUAGAGGGAGUCCUCAGCAAUCGUUAACUUCUAUCUCGGUCGGAGAGAGCUCAAUUAUGGCUAUGGACACAGAAUCUGUGAUCGAGUUUUUAGGUUGCGUUCCUCUGCUUCAAAGGCUUCCCGGCUCGUCUCUCCGGGAAAUCGCUCAACUAGUCAUCGUCAAGCACUACGAUCGUGGGGACUAUGUCGCUCGCGAAGGUGAACCUGUGGACGGAAUUUACUUGGUCUGGGAUGGAGAGGCUGAAGUCACUGGACCGGAACGUGUUGACGAUGAAAACCGUCCUGAGUUCCAGUUGAAACGUUAUGAUUAUUUCGGUCAUGGUACUAGAGCUUCUCUUCAGCAGUUUGAUGUCAUUGCAAUGUCUAAGCUGACCUGCUUAAUGCUUCCCGAUAAGUAUCGUGGUCUUCUACAGUCAAAAUCAAUUUGGAAUGCAGAUAGAACCCAUGAUAUGUGUGCACUUGUGGAGCAUAUACUGCAUUUGGAGCCAUUAGAAGUAAAUAUUUUUCGUGGGAUCACCCUGCCGGAUACCCCAAAUUAUGGGAAGGUGUUUGGAGGACAGUUCAUUGGACAGGCUUUGGCUGCAGCAUCAAAAACAGUCGAUUGUCUGAAGUUUGCUCAUAGUCUGCAUGCUUGCUUCCUUCUUGCGGGGGAUCUUCACUUGCCAAUCAUAUAUCAAGUCCACCGCAUACGUGACGGGAAGAGUUUUGCUACCCGAAAGGUGGAGGCAACACAAAAAGGCCGCUGUGUUUUCACAUUGUUUGCAUCAUUUCAGAAAGAAGAAGAAGGGUUUGAUCAUCAGGAAGUUGCAGUGCCCCUUGUAUCUGAUCCAGAGAUGCUUUUGUCAAUGGAAGAGUUGCGAGAGAGACGUAUCACUGAUCCCCGUCUUCCCAGAACAUACCGGAAUAAGGUUGCUACUGCAAAUUUUGUGCCAUGGCCCAUAGAUAUAAGAUUCUGUGAGCCUAAUACUUCGACCAAUCAAACUAAAUCUCCUCCAAGUUUAAGGUAUUGGUUUAGAGCAAAAGGGAAACUCUCAGAUGACCAGGCUUUGCAUAGAUGUGUAGUGGCAUAUGCAUCAGAUUUAAUAUUUCUUCAAGUCAGCUUGAAUCCUCAUCGGAAAAGGGGGUUAAAACCUACAUCGACCAGUUUAGAUCAUGCGAUGUGGUUUCACAGGCCUUUUAAAGCCGAUGAGUGGCUGUUAUUCGUGAUGGAGAGCCCUACUGCUUUUAAUGCACGUGGCUUUUGUUCAGGUCAAAUGUUUAACCAGAAAGGCGAGCUUGUUGUAUCAUUGACCCAAGAGGGCUUACUCAGGAAGGCAAAGAACCCCCCUCCUACUGCCUCUGCUGUGCCGUCAAAGCUUUGACGUUUGAUCUUAUAUUUCUUGUACCAAGUCCGGCGUAACUUCUCAUUCCAUCCAGAAUAUUCUAGAUUCGCUUUGUUUUGUCAUAUGCAUUUGUAUUGCAUGAUCCAUGCAACUUCAUUGGAAAGGCAACAAAAGACUAAUAUCAGUAGUCAUUCAUACUAAUGGAAAUUUAUAAUCAUGUAUCACGCUACAACUCUCUCUCUCUCUCUCUCUCUAGCCAAAAGAACAAAUCUGGGUGUCAAGUGAGGAGGCCUGCCUAGUCCUUCGCCUCACCACACCCAUGGUUAAGCUUGGUGAAGCUAGUUUUAUGUUAGUCUCCUCCUAGUGUAUUCAAGUGCCAUAUGAAAUUGACACGAUCUUGUUAACUUUUAGUUAGUGGUUGCACCAUGUAUCUGUCUUCAUGUAGCUUAUUUCACUUUUUAAUCUCUGCUGGACUACUGCCAUCACCUUCAUCUCGUGGUGUUGCGGUGGUUGUCACUUAUUUGUGUUGUCCAGAAUUUACAAGUUAAACCCGUGAAUUUCAUUUGAAGAAAAGUCCAAAUUAGUGAAAAUUUUAAAAUUUAAAAUCUAAAAUCGGCCCAACCUUGAGCUUGGGGCCUAUUCCAGUUGGGUUGGGCCUGGUUCCAAAUGUUGAGCCCUACGCUUGACUACACUAUGGGUCCUUAAGUCAAAAAAUGAAAGGAAAAAACUUGAACCGGCCCAAAUUUUCCUCUCAACCUCAACCCUGGUCCAAUUGGGCCAUGGGUUGGGCCUCCACGAGGUUGAGACCCAACCUGGAGCACGAUUUGGACGAUCUUGAACAUCUCUACUAAACCAAAUAAUAUGGCACUUCCGAAAUAUGGUUAACCUUAGAUUCAUGUUUGAAAUAUAUUCAUGAUUUUGUGACCUCGAUUCAUAAGUCUAGAAGGAUCCGGUCUGUCCCAAAUUGAGAUGGGCCCUAACAGGCCCAUAUAAAAUUAAUUAUAGCCCAUUGUAAAUCAUCUUCCUGGGCCCAACACAGUACCACAAGCCCACAACAAUUACGGAUCCUUUUUGGGCAAGUUCAACAAUUAGGUAUCGCAGAAGAAUCUGUUCCAUCUCGGUGACAUUAUCAAGCCCGUUCCCCAACUUUACAGAAUUACGUUUCGUACCCCCGGCAAACAUCUUCUUAUGCAAAUCUGCUCCACAAGCAUCCAUAGAAGCCCUCGGAGUUCCUUCAUCCGUUCCAAUUUCCUCUUAUCUCACGGUCAGUGUUUACAUAGAUACAUUAAUUACAAAUUUGUCCGAAAUUUGGUCGAUACUGCCGUAUGAAUCUCGGGAUCUGUUAUGAUCCUUCAUGUAUUUGAAUUGGGUUUCAAUUUUUGCCCAUUUUCUCGAUUUAAUUCUCUCCAAUUGUUGCUACCAUUUAUUUUGGGAAUUCGUGGUCUGUUGAUUCAUCGACGUGGUAAGAAAAUUUUAGUCGAUUUCUUGAUGGAUCUGAGAGAAGUGUGAAGAAAGAAUGGAAUUCUGGUGAAGAAAUUGUCAGAUUCACUUUUUCCGAAAUGGUUGCAGCGUGGCCUCUGUAAAAUUUGAGGUGUUUAUGUUCUUGAAAUGAGGAAAUUGAUUACGGUUACUUUAGGAUUUUGUUCCAAUCUAUGAAAAACUGCAGAUAUCAUUGGGUUGCUUUGAUUAGUAUCAAUUUGACCUCCAUUUGGUUGGGCUGCCAAAAUGGGCUUUGAUUGACUUCUUGGUGCAACAUCAAGGAAGCUUAAUUUGUAUUUAUGUUGGUGUAAUAUUUAAUGUGAGCAGUAGCAACAAUUUUUGGGAUUUCAUUGGACUUUUAUGAACAUUUAAAUUAUAGAUUUCUUCAACUUGUAGGGGUUCAAUCAGCAACAUAUGGA